AUUCCUCGAGUUGAAUAAUGUGGCCGAUCGGUCGAUUCUAAAUAAGCCCUAGGCGCUGAAUUCUCCAACAUGAAGUUGACCGCAGGGUUUAGGGAACCAUUUUUGGUAGCUUGGUGGCUAAGAUAGCUGAGAAUAGCUAGUAUUAACUGCAACAGGGAAGCGAAACGUGAUCAGGAGAGCCUCGCGUGCGUGUGGAUUUGUGUGAAUGGUUAAUAAUUUCUGAGUGCUCCCACAGUGGAGGUUGGUUUCUUCUUGGAACAUCUGAAGGAGAAUGAGCAUCAGUGUUAGGGGACGCCAGAAUGCAGGGAAUAAAUGUGUGAGACGGAUUUCACUUGGGUUUUAGAGUCUUGUUGGUGUUCAGUUCUCUCUGACGACAAUAUACCCCUUCAAGUUAAGUCAGUGUGUAUACUUUUUGGAGCUAAUAUAUUCUAUCGCUCCCUCUAGGAGAAGAGAGGCAAUGUAGCUGGAUGAUGACUGUUCGGGGGAAACGCCAUUAUUUUGUCAAAACCUCAACAGAAAAGAUCAUAAUUUCACCGUCAGAUCCGUUAUCCUCGCACCACUGCCUUUGGAAUCAAGCUAAUCUAAGUUAGGUGGGUGGUGGGAAAUGUUCAUUGAAGCUUACCAAAGAACAGCGGUUUCCAACUCAAACCUUGAAGUCAGCCCAAAGAGAUAAUGUGGCUUGCAGUAAACGGCGUACAGGAUAUUGUUUGUUCAAGUUCAUUACACAACACUGGAUAUUGAAUAUUGUUUAAGUUGUCAUUAUUCAGUUUCGGUUUUGUGCAUUUACACCAAACUUCGUAAUGGAGGAUUUGUGUAGACAGCGCAUUUUGGAGGAUCUAGCACUGCUGGAAAAAUCCACUAGUUUGUGUUGAUUUCAACUGUAUUUAUCUUGCUUUUAGAUAUACCACCUACAGAUACUGAGAAAGUCAAAAAAUGUAUGGUAUCAAGAAGCCGAAGGUGUCUGCCUCACGCACACGUACAAAGUCAACGGAAAGAAGGUUGACGAAGCGAAAACCAACAAAGCCAGUAGUCCCACCACACAGUUCAAAGCCAAAAAGAAGAAGACAGACCCGUCUCCCUGAUGACCUAUGGAAUACUAAUGGCGUCCCAGUGACUUUGUGCAUGCAGUUGAGGCUUCGAAUCACAAUAUUUGGAGAAUAUUAUGCAGCAUUGUGCUGGAAUGAACGCGCAAGCACUGAAAUCUCCGAGGUGAUAGACAAGAAACAGUAG